GUAUCCCCGCAGGAGACCCCGGCCCCAUGGAGGCGGCCGCCAAGUUCCUGAAGCGCAUCGGCCCCGAGGAGCUGGAGCGCUGCCUGUUCGCCGAGACGCUGGCGCUGGCGGGGGGCUGCGCGGGGGGGCAGCUCUGGGUGGGCGCCAGCCCUGCGCCCUACUCGCGGGACGGCCGGCGGGUGCACAGCUGCCUCCUGGUGCGGGCCGAGUCCCGCGGGGAGCUGGGCGGCGUGCCCUUCCGCAGCACCCUCACAGGGUACGUGUCCAUGCGGCUGGAGACCCUGGAGCAGGAGCAGCACGAGAGCCUGGAGUUGGGAGCGCACCCCAUAGAGAGGAGGACGCGCAUGGUGCAGCACCCCCGCGGGAUGACCGUCACCGUGAGCACCCGGGAGGGAAAGGCAGAGCCGCAGUCCCGAGAGUUCUCCCACGGCUGGGCCUCGCUGGGGGGGCUGCUGGGGGAGGCCGCCGGCCUCCUGCUGCUGCGGGUGCUGGCCCGCCGCCGCGCCGUGCCCCCCGGCCUCGUCUUCCCGGCCAUCGACAGCGAGGGGCACCUCGGCACCACCACCUAC